GCUGAUUAACGUACCGUGUAUGAAGCGUUAAAACGUAAAGUGUCUAUUUGUGGCGUAACGUAACGGAACGCGGGGGACUUCGUAACCGGUUUUUUUGUGGUAAUUAGUAUGUGUGAAUUUUUCAUUUUAACUUAGGACAAUUGUGAAAAUCAUUUUGCAUUCAGUUUUUUUAAGUGCAUACCGUAGUAUAUUUUAACGUUAACGUUCCGUAUGGAUUAAGAUAACCACAGUUGGCAAAUUUUACGUUUAAGACAACGCCUAAUUAUCACGAUUUUUUUUUAAAAGUUCAACAAUGAAAUAAAUAAACGUGACGUUUCAUUCAUCAUAAUUAGAGGAGGGGCUCAUAAGAAAUUCAGUUGUUGGUAUUUUUUUUGGACUUAAAGAACACGUGUUAGAAAAAUAAUCUGUUACCAUGGCAUCCUGGAGAAUACGAUUUCACGAUAAGUGGCCACACCUUGCGUCCCUGUAUGCCAGCACUCACAAUCUAGACGAAGAUGGUAAACAUCCAGACCCAAUGAUGGGCCAAGACAAUAUUUUCGACCCCUCGGAACCUUACGGGGCCUACAGAUACUAUGUGCAGCCGAGUACAAGAUCAGAGUUCAGUAUAGAAGAACCCGGAUACAUGAGUCGUCCUGUUUAUAAAGAUGAAGAAUCAAGAAGUUCCGAUUACACUUCCGGUGACAGCUUCCGGCGAGGCGCCACCUGCCGGGUGUUGCUAUGCGUAUUCCUCGUUGUUAGUUUUAUAGGUGUGGUUGUUGCUGCUAUCACACUGGCUGUACUGUUGUCCCAGACUCCCACACCUUUACCAGCGAAGCCACCACAUACAGAGGUAUUCGAAUCGCAAGCAAGUAUAUUUAAUCGAGAUUUCAACGACAAACUUCUAGAUAACUCGUCUGAUGAAUUCAAGAGUCUAGAGGACGAAUUCUGUAAAGCAAUACAGCAGAUGUUUACAGAUUCCGACUCGCCGGUCAAAAAUGCUUUCGGAGGAUGUGAAGUGAUGGAAUUCAUCAACGGAAGUGUGCAAGUCAGAUAUCGACUAAAGCUGUUUUCCGAUAACCCAGAACGUUUCAAGAUAGAUGAGAAAAUACUACAAAAGCUUGAAGAUCAUUUUGCGAAAAAAAUACACGAAAUAGGACCAUGGCAAAAGCUGAAAUUUAAUCCAAAUUUUGUUAGAAAGUUUGUAAGAAUAGAGCCAGUUACAACCCCUGUCCCAUCAACUGUAAAAACAACAAAAACAACAGUAAUAACUAAACCAACAGCAGAACGUUUUACCCCUGAUGUAGAAACAAGCCAAACCACGGUUACAACAGGAAAGCCAACGACAGAAGAAUAUUUAACCACUGACAUGAAAGUAACACAAACCAAAACCUCAGAAACAGCUUCAACAGAGAGCUAUGAGACUACUACAAAAACUUAUCAAACAUCUACGAUUCCUGAAGUUACGACAAGGCAACCCGAUAUCACAACACAAGCUGAACAAACAACUGCCCCAACUGAAAUGAUCCAGACAACCAAAGUUACACCAGCUUUCAUAACCGAGACUGAAAGUACAAUACAAUCCACAACACAAAAAGGCGAAGACAUACUUAAUCAAACCACACCGUCUGAUUUAGUAACAGAGGUAUCAACAGAAACAGAACAACCGGUUAUUAAGAUGACUACAUCCGAUAUAACUUCAAGCAAAGCAAUAACAUCAACAGAGUCGAUACUGAAAACAACAAAUGUUACCGACAUGUCUGAUAAUAUAAAAGCAGAAACCACAGACAUUCCGUUUGAAGAAACUACAAGUUUGUUUGAUUUCUUUUACUAUUAUAAUGAAACUUAUGAGACAACAGAAACUGUAAUAACUGAUAUGACUGAAGGACCUACAACUGCGUCGGUAGUAACAGAUCGCCCGGUGACUUCUCCAGAUAUUUCGACAUCUUUAGAAGAUAGAAAACUGACAUCAACCACAGCUCCUGUGACAGAUGCGCCAGUAAAGGAAUCAACUACUAGCUCUGUCCCAGAGACAACAUCUGUAGAGAUCACUCUUACAUCAACAGAGCGUACAGAAGCAACGCAGACAUCUUCAGAAACAAUCAGUGACGUAACCUCUUCUCCGCCACAGUCAACAACGGCAACAACAGUUGAUGUAACUUCAACACAAGAAAUUCCUGUAACACAGACAGACAAGACAUCAAAGAUAACAACUGAAGUUGGAAUCACAGAAAGUGUUGAUGUUUCGACAACACCUCUUGUCCAACUUUCUACUCUAAAUGCAACAGAAGCCAUUGUGAAUAUUACUGACACGGUUACUGUUGAAGAUAUAACAGAAGCACCAUCAACAAUGACGCCAAAAGUUCUGACUACACAGGCUACGACUGCAGAGGAAGACAUGCAAGCUGUAAAUGCAACCACAGCUACCACUCACGAAAUGUAUACCAGUGUUACUAAAACAGAAUCAGAAAUUGCCACCAUGAUUUCAAAUAUUACGUUACCCCCAUUAAAAACAACGGUUCAAGAGCAGGAACAAACAACAAGUUCUGGAAUUGCCGAUGAGACACAACAACCGUUAUCAACAACAACAUCAGAAACGGUUCCAACAAAAUUGGUUUCAACACAACUACCAGUUGAGACUAAGGUUGUAAUUAAUGAAACAACAGAUCAGCCGUUGGUAACAGAUAAAGCUGUCUUAAAUGUAACAGUCUUGGCGGAUGAAACGACAUAUGAACCGUUUGUAACAGAUUCAGUUGUCUUAAAUGUAACAUCUGAACCUUCUGAUACACUGACAAAAAGUGAACCGAGUACAUCUACUGAAACUGUUGUUAUAACAGACACAACUGAAAAGCAGACGUCAGUAGAAGCAACUCGCACAAGCACAGAAGCAACUACUGAAUACGUAACAACGCAAUCUAGCACCACAGCUCAAACGACUGGCAAUGUUUCUACACCUGCAACGUCCACUGUAGUUUUAACUACAGAAGAAGUUCCGGUGGAGAUAACAAAUGUCACGAGUGCAGGUACGCCAGACACAAGUAUUGAGACUACCAAAUCAGCCACCACAACAGACGCGACCACUGAAGCUACAGAUAAGAUACCUGAAAAUGUAACAAAGAGUUUAACAGGUGUAAGUGAUGUUGUGUUACUAACCACUACAGACGGAAACGAUUAUAAUGCAUCUGAUGUUUACUAUGAUUAUUAUGAAACAACAACUUAUGGUGAUGAGUUUGCUGAAUUUUCGACAGAAUCACCUGCAGAAGAAGCUACUACAUUAUCUGCGCCGCCAGAAGUGAGCACCAGUGCUCUUUCCGAGACAACAGAAAUCAUCGCUACUACUGAACAAACUUUCCAAGAUACAACAAAACAAUCAACUGAAGCAACUGUACCAGUUUCAACAGCAGCAGUGGAAAUUAAUAAAACAGAAGCCGAAGUAACAUCUGAAAGUCCUCCAGUGCAAACAUCAUCAGAGAGCACCCGAGCAGCUGAACCACAAACCACUGAACAAACAAAGAACGAUACUGUUCCUGAUGCAGAUUUAACUACAGAAUCAGCCAUUCUUCCUGAAACAACUACCGGGACUGAAGUCGUAAGCGCAGCGUCUACAUCCACGCUUUCUGAUUUGCCCAUUACUACGAUAGCUGACAUUUCUAGUACAGGCGUACCAGUACAGUCUACUAAUGAAACUAUACCAUCUGACAGAAAAAAAACGACAGAAGACAUUCAGGUUAUUGGUACUUCGUCAGAAGGACCCGUUACAACUGCUGCUGAAGCGGUCACAAAAACAGUAGUCUCUAAAACAUUCACUGAUAGUAUAACAACAGAAGAAGUUCAUGCUGAAAAUGUUACUACAGGAAAUCCAUCUGUGCAUAGUACAACGAAAGCAGAAUCUACAGAGAGCCUGACUACAAUAGCGGUAUCUACUGGUAACAUUUCAAUUGAAGAAACACCUACCGCAAAUGUUACCACGGAACCUUUAUCGACAGAAAAUAUUACCAAGGAUAUGGUAUCUGAAAUUCUUAGUACAGAAUUAAUGUCUACUGAAAGUCUUGUUACAACAACUCCAAGCGUUACUGAAGCUCUGGCAACAACAAGUGCUGCAGAACAACCUUCUACCCAGACAACUAAUGAUACAGUGUUGCCUUUGGCCGACGUAUCGGAAGAAACGACUUCUGUUCUAAACGUAACAACAGUCGACAUUAAGACGCCUACAGAAGCGUCAACAGAAACAGCGUUGAAUACAUCUGACACAAGUACGUUCGCAACUCCACAAAUGAAGAAUGAUUCUGCAGUGGACAUGACGGAGAAAGUAGUAGAUACAACUACCGCUUCAGUUAAGGAAACAACAGUUGUUGAAACUGCAAACGAUACAAUAACCACAGAAGCAACAGUCAAGGUAACAGAAAAAAUACAUGCAGAAAAUAUCACAUCAGCUGCCAUACAGUCAACAACAGAGAUAGAAAAUGUAACUGCAACCGAUAUACAAACAACGACAGAUAUAGAAAAUGUAACUGCAACCGAUAUACAAACAACGACAGAUAUAGAAAAUGUAACUGCAACCGAUAUACAAACAACGACAGAUAUAGAAAAUGUAACUGCAACCGAAAUACCAACAACGACAGAAAUAGAAAAUGUGACUACAGUCGAUAUAAAAACAACAACUGCCACGACAAAGUCAGCUGAAGCAGCCUUCCUUGAUGAAUACGGCGAAGCUGCUUUCAUUGAAGAAUAUGUUCCAACUACAUUGAAUAAAACUGAAGAAACCUCAGUUAUUUCGACAUCAAAUAUUACCAAAGAAACUAAAACAACGACCAUGACUGUCCCAGUAGCAACAACUAUAUCAGCAUUAGAAACAGGAAAUGUGACAUUGGUGCCUGAAAAUGUCACUGGUCUGUCUGAAAAUAUAACAGAACCUGUUACAACACCACAAACUACAGAUCUCAAAUUGAAUGCCUCAACUGUACAGGAUUCUAAUGUUACAAAAGGAACAAAUGUAACUACUGAAACAACUGAAGUUGCAACGACUUCAUCAGAUUACACCACAGUUUUAUCUUCAACAACAGAGGCAAGUUUGAUAGAACAGAAUGCUACGCAAUCUUACACAACAGAAGCCUUGAUAAACAAAACUGCAACAGCAUUUGAAAAUGCAACCCUGACCGGUCAAAAUACGACGCAAUCUAGCCUAACCGAUUCUUUGGUAAAAGAUAAAGUAAUAGACGAAAUUAAAACAACUCCACCAGCUGAACUUAAUGUAACAACGGCGGCUGAAACAUAUGAAAAUGGCACAUUUUCUUCAAAUGACACAACUAAAUCGGUACCACAGAAUGAGACUGUAGUUCGAAAUACAACUCUAGUCUCAAAUGUCACGACUCCGUCUUCUGUUGAAACUGAGUCAAGCACGGUUGCCACCUACAAUACCUCCGAUUAUUAUUACAAUUAUAACGACACUGAAUAUUACUAUGACGAAAAUAAUCCAACGACCGAGUCACCACUUAAUUACGUAACAACCGAGACACCGGUUAAUAAUGUUACGGACUCUAGUGCUUCAAGAUCAACAGAAACUAUAAGUAUAACAACAAUAGGUGCUAAUGUAACAACAAAAGACUUAGCUGACAAUGUUUCAAACGUGACAGAUUCUUUUACAACAUUAUCUAGUAAUAUAACAAAUGAAGUAAAAACUGUUACGGACACGACAACUUUAUUUCCCGACAACGUAACGGAAGUCACAACUGGAACAACAACUGAAAAUGUGCCUUAGAGGAUAAAGGAAAUCUGUUCGUUCUUCGGAUGAAAUAAUAGAAAGAGAAAAGAAAAUUUGAUGUAAUGACGAAGUGUGUGCUUCUUACUGGAGCUUUUAAAAGUGAAAGGUAUAUUAAAUGUAAAGGCGGUUGAAGCAAAACUUUGUAUAACUGUCGAGUGUGAAAUCCUUAAGAACACCGGUUCGUGUUAAUGUAUCAAGACUGAGAUAUAAAUAUGUGGAUUAUUUUAGUAAAGUCUAUUUAGAAACCGUC